GGCCUGUUACUAAAUUGAUUUUGAAGUAUAAUCUGUAGAGCAAAUUAUUAAAUACACAUUGCAUCGUGAUGGCACAGAACAUCAGCCCCGAACAGAGCGGAGGAGCUGGAGGCACCAAACACACCGAUGACUCGAUGCCAGUGAAAGACAAUCAUGCCGUGAGCAAAAGACUGCAGAAGGAACUUAUGAACCUAAUGUUGGCCAGCGAGAGGGGAAUUUCCGCCUUUCCGGACGGCGAGAACAUCUUCAAGUGGGUCGGCACCAUUGAUGGACCCUCGAACACUGUCUACGCCGGACAGACGUAUCGACUGUCUCUGGACUUUCCCAACUCGUAUCCGUAUGCGGCGCCAGUGGUGAAAUUCCUGACAUCGUGCUUUCAUCCCAACGUCGAUUUGCAAGGAUCCAUUUGUCUGGACAUUCUGAAAGAUAAGUGGUCAGCCCUGUAUGAUGUACGCACUAUACUGUUGUCCAUACAGUCGCUGCUAGGAGAGCCAAACAACGAGAGUCCACUGAAUGCGCAGGCCGCGAUGAUGUGGAACGACCAGAAGGAGUACAAAAAAUACUUGGACGGCUUCUACGAGAAACACAAGGACACCUAAACAGAUAUCCGUCACAAUGGUUGUGGCGCCACGUAGCGGUCCAGCACUGGGCUCGCUACCUCUCAUCCUAUGCUCAUAUUGCGGCGUAUUUAUUUACAUAUAGUGCAAGCGACUCCUCCAUUCAUCUCCCACUCUGACCAAACGAAAAUCCCAACCCCACCCCACCCCCACAUCACCAAACCGCCACGCACCACACCACCUCCACAUAGUUUAUGAUGAUUUUUGGCAAAUGUGCAUUGUCAUUGUAAGAGACAGAUAGAACAAAACAGAUAAUCGGAUAAUCUUUAUUAUACUUUUUUUUGAAACAAAUUACUGAAUUAUGAAUGUAAUGGUAAUCACGUAUUUUAAAUCUGUCCGUUUUUUAAGCUUAAGCAUAAAUUUUAGUUAAUUGUUUUUAUACAUGAUUUUGAGAUAUGCCAGCAUCAUAGCAGAUCAAUCGAUGCCACCCGACUUACAUAUUGUAUUCGAUUUGGUCUAUGCGACAUUGCUGCGCCGGCCAUGAAGUGAAUGUUAGCUAAUUUUAAAGAACGACUCUCCCGAAAACACCUACUCACUCAUCGAGCAAGUAUUUCUCACUAAUAUUCUAUGCAGCAGGCCUUUAUAUCCCAUCUACCUAAAUGUAAUAAUAAAUUUAUAGUAAUUCGAAA